AUGACGGCGAAUUCGCAUCGGUCGACGGGGUCAGGCCCCGACAGCAAGAAUGGCGAGCCCAAGAAAGACAUGUGGAGUUCUAUGCUCGACUCGGUCGCCAGUGGCCGCAGAUUGCCUGAGAAAAACUUGCUAGUUCUGGGUGGCACGGUCGAUUCGCAGCGGGACUUCUUCGAGGCCCUAUCAAAUAAUGCUUCCCGGCGGAAUCUCGACAGGCAUAACUUGAAAGUCCCUCCGAUAGCCAAUAGCUUUGCCCUGGGAUACACAUACUACGACGUGCUGGAUGACGACCAAGACGACAUCUUGGCCCGUAUCUCACUAUACCUUCUCUCGACCCCUUCGCCUUCCUUCGCCUCUUUACUAAAACCUCUGCUGACCCCGAAAACAAUAUCCGAUACCUUAAUAGUCAUCUUGCUCGACUGGUCACAGCCGUGGCAAUGGCUGCGCCAGCUACGAGAAUGGCUCCUACUGCUACGGGCCGUCAUCACGUCAUUGGGGCCCGAGUGCAACAAGAUCAUGGAAGAUGUGAUGGCUGGCUGGCAGGAUAGGGGGCGAGUCGGCGGCACGAUCAACUUGGAUGGCACGGGGGCCGUUCCAAGUGAGGGCGACGUCCCUUUACCUGCUGGGCCGGGAGAGUGGGAGGAUGCGCUGGGUUUGCCGCUCUGUGUUGUUUGCCAAAACUCUGAGCAAAUCAACUACCUGGAAAAGUCCCAAGGCUGGAAGGAAGAGCAGUUCGACCAGGUGCUGCAGUACCUCCGAACGGUACUAUUGAAACACGGUGCCUCGCUCAUUUACACGACUCCCUCGACACCAUCACUUCUACAGCCGCUUAUCCACGCGAGCUUAGGUAUCCACUCUCUGGUAAAACGCCAGAGUCUGAAGCACAACACCAUCGACAGAGACAAGAUUGUUAUUCCCCCAAAUUGGGACUCGUGGGGCAAGAUUCGCAUUUUGCGAGAUGCCUUUGACGUGGAGGCCGUUAGCACAGGCUGGGGCAUUGACUUGAGCAUGGAUUUCGCUACCAGGUCCGACACCAAUGGCGCCAACGGCAUUACAGGAGAUGCAGUGCCAGACCCAGAGGCUGGGAUGAAUGGUCACGAUAAUGGUGGCGUAGAAGAGCCCGAGGGCUCGGCUGUUGUUCUCUACGAAUCUCAAGUUCAAGACUCGAGCCUCGAUGCACUGCAGUUUGCACGCGGGGAUGCUGAUCCUAACAAAUUAGAAAAGCCUUCAGUCGACACCCAGGCCUUCCUGGCAAAGCAGGUGGAUCGACUCAAUGAAGAAAGGAAGGCUGAUGAACAAGCCGCUGCUCGGGAUGCUGGCGGACGAGAUUACUCAUUGGGCGCAGCGGGACCGGACGAGGUGGUCUCGGAUGCCAUUGGCCCCGUACAAUUCAAUAUGGGUGGCAUCCAAGUCGAUGCUGAUGAUAUGGUGCAAAGGCUGAAGGACCGACAAGCACAAGGUCUUGACCAAUCACCCACUCUCGGCUCAGCAGCUGGCACUGAAGAUGAUGACAUGGAGCUAGAUCCAUCCAAUAUGGCCGAGACGGAUACCGAGAGACUGGCCCAAUUCUUCGGCAAUUUGAUGAACCGAAAGAAGUAA